CCCAUGGAGAAUAGUACAGGGGUGACUGACUUCCUUCUCGCGGGGUUAACUGAUGACCCAGAACUGCAGAUCCCACUCUUCACAGUCUUUUUACUCAUCUACAUAAUCACUGUGGUUGGGAAUGUAGGGAUGAUGCAGUUAAUUCUGUUGGACUCUCGUCUCCACACGCCCAUGUACUUUUUCCUCAGUAACCUCUCCUUGGUGGACUUCGGUUACUCUUCUGCUGUCACUCCCAAGGUGAUGGCAGGACUCCUCCUAAGAGACAAAGUCAUAUCCUACAAUGCUUGUGCCACCCAGUUCUUCUUCUUUGCAGGCUUCAUCACUGUCGAAAGUUUCCUCUUGGCCUCAAUGGCCUAUGACUGCUAUGCUGCAGUGUGCAAACCCCUGCAUUACACCACCACCAUGACAACAAGUGUGUGUGCUUGUCUGGCCAUCGGUUGCUAUGUCUGUGGUUUCCUGAAUGCCUCCAUCCACACGGGGAACAUUUUCAGGCUGUCCUUCUGUCAAUCCCAUGUAAUUGAUCACUUUUUCUGUGAUGCCCCUCCUCUCCUGGCUCUCUCAUGUUCAGACAGCCACAUCAGUGAGAUGGUUAUAUUUUUUGUGGUGGGUUUCAAUGCCCUCUUUUCUAUCCUGGUCAUCUUGAUCUCCUAUCUAUUUAUAUUUAUCACCAUCCUGAGGAUGCACUCCUCUGAAGGACGUCAGAAGGCCUUUUCCACUUGUGCGUCCCACCUCACUGCAGUCUCCAUCUUCUACGGGACGGUCAUCUUCAUGUACCUACAGCCCAGCUCCAGCCACUCCAUGGGCACUGACAAAAUGGCAUCUGUGUUCUAUACUAUGGUGAUUCCCAUGCUGAAUCCACUGGUCUACAGUCUGAGGAACAAAGAGGUCAAAAAUGCCUUGAAGAAAUCUGUGGGGAAGGCAAAAUCUUCUUUAGGAUUCAUGUAUUAAUUAUAUAAAUAUACAGUAAGACAUUUGUAUUUGUGUUGUAUAUACACAGUGAAAAUACUUAUCUAGCUUACAAAUUGCUACUACUUUGCAGGAAUUUACCGAGC